CCUCCUUUAGAGAUCUUCCUGGGGUAGGCCAUCCACAUCAUCAACCCCGCGGGAAUCUAAAAUCACGAAGGUAGUCUGUUGGUUAUUCGUAUUAGACAUGGCCGCUGGUAAUGGGACUGCGGAACCUCUCGCGAAGGGUAUCUUCGCUAGUGCGAAACAGUCGUGGGGUGACCUCUUUCGAUGGAAGCAGAGAGUUGUCGUGACGAAUGAGCUCGGCGAGUCCUAUACGGAGUGGCACGCCCCUGAGAGACCUCGAAAUCCUAUCUCGCUUUUCAUGCUCUUGAGUGCUAAGAACUGGAUCUACUUCCUUGUGGGUAUGUAUGCGUGGACUGCCGACGCUUUCGACUUCCACGCUCUGGCAAUCCAAACUGUCAAAUUGUCAAACUAUUACGAACGGACUAAGACAGACAUCACCACUGCGAUUACCUUGACGUUGCUUCUGCGAUCUGUCGGUGCCGCCGUCUUCGGUCUGCUCGGUGAUCGGUUUGGUCGGAAAUGGCCGAUGGUUGCGAACUUGAUAGUCCUCGGCCUCUUGCAAAUUGCGACAAUCUACAGCGCGACGUUCGAACAGUUCCUGGCUGUACGGUCUCUCUUUGGGUUGUUCAUGGGUGGCGUAUAUGGUAAUGCUGUGGCCAUGGCUCUCGAGAACUGCCCAACCGAGGCGCGCGGCCUUAUGAGCGGUAUUCUGCAGCAAGGUUACGCUCUUGGUUACGUCCUUGCGGCGUGCGCCAACCUCGGCGUUGGCGGAGCGACCGAUACUUGGAAAACGGUCUUCUGGAUUGCUGCCGGUCUUUCUAUCUCUGCCGGACUCGUCCGCUGCUGCUUUCCCGAAUCGGAACAAUUCAGAGCUGCAAAGGCGGCCGGUCACCAUAUUUCGGCGGCCGAUUUUUGGACGGAGACGAAGUCUAUGCUCGCUAAGGAGUGGCGUAUCUGCGUCUACUGCAUCUUUCUGAUGACUUGGUUCAACUAUUACGCGCAUACGAGCCAAGACAGCUACACCACGUUUAUGCUCGAGUCAAAGGAGCUUCCAAACGAUGCUGCGACUCGCGCUAGUAUCCUAAUGAAUACGGGGGCUUGCGUCGGUGGCACCAUCAUCGGCUACCUCUCCCAAUUUAUCGGUCGUCGUCGAGCUAUUGUUGGAGCUGCGCUGAUCAGUUGCUGCCUCGUGCCGGCCUGGAUUCUGCCUACGACCGAAUCAGGCCUCUCCGCUUCCGGAUUUUGGAUCCAAUUCUUCGUCCAGGGAGCUUGGGGUGUGAUCCCCAUUCAUCUUAACGAACUGUCGCCGCCGGCGUACCGAUCCACAUUCCCGGGCCUUGCAUACCAGCUAGGUAACAUGAUAUCUUCUCCGGCGGCACAAAUCGUCAAUGCCAUUUCGGAAAGCCACUUCGUCCUAAGCAAGAGCGGCAAGUUGGUCGAUGGCUACGGCCCAACAAUGGGUAUUGCUCUUGCGAUCGUUGCGGUUGGUAUUGCGGUGACGGCGGCGCUGGGCCCGGAGAAGCGUGGGCGGUCUUUUGAACGCGCGGGGCCUGCUGGGGCCAAUAUUCACGGUGAUGUCGAGAAGGUGGUGGAUAAUGCGUCGAUAUCUGAUUCGAAAAUGCACGGUGCGGUGGAAUUGGAGUCUGGUAAAAGCGAAGUCUAGGUAGGGCGAGGAUGUUGGUUUGAAGACUGUCAUAAGUGUUUAUAACUUAGCAUACCCAUAUUAUGAAGAUGAUGUAGAUGGAACUUACCUGGUACGAAGGCACCUGCCUCAUGUACAUACUCAAAUACUGAACAAUAUGACCCGCACGUGUCGUAAGGGUGUUGUCGGUAGACUUUGGCAUGUGCCUGGAUUAGCAGCUUUUUUCAAGGUGACUUGGCUCCUGGCAGGC